AUGUAUGCCAGAUGCAUUAAGGAUGAAUGCCAUAAAGAGAAAAGGGAUUUUAUUCACAGCAUUAGCUGCAUUUUGACAAUACCAAGGACCAACGUGAAAGAGUCAAGCUUUGGAGCUAGCAGUUCAGGAUUAGGGUUAACAUUUAGCCCUCAUGUUUCAGUAGGUUCAUCUAGCAUAGAGCUUAUGCCAGUAGCUAAUAAGCCAGCCAUAGAUAAAAAGGUUGAAGUUUAUGUUAGCAAAUUGGCACCAAGAUCCCCAUCAAGUGGUAUCAGAUUCAGUGUUCUGAUCAUGGUUGGAAGAGGGAGACCACGUAACGCUAAUCGUAACGGGGGUGCACCACCAACGGGCGAUCCACAACGCGAUCCACGCGAUGUCGAAGAGAUCGAACGCCUGCGACAACGGAUUCGAGAGAUGGAACUUCAACAGAAUGGAAGUUCGGAAGAAACGGAAUCAAAUUCCUCCGUUUGGGACGAAUUGACUGAUGACGUUGACAACCCUUUCGGCCGCCGUCCACGACGUCAAACCCAUGAUGACGUGUUGCGGUCAUUAGGUGUGCGGGUUGAAGUUCCAGAAUUCCAUGGGAAGGCCCAACCUGACGAGUUCAUCGACUGGUUGAGUACGGUUGAACGGGUGUUUGAACUUCGGGACAUUCCGGACAAUCUUAAGGUCAAGGUGGUUGCCAUAAAGUUACGCAACUAUGCGUCCUUGUGGUGGGAUCACGUAAGACACAAACGAAGGCAACAAGGUAAAUCUCGUGUGGAAACUUGGGAAAAGAUGAAAAAGCUCCUCCGCUCUAAAUUCUUACCCAUUAAUUAUCGACAAGAUGCUUUCCUCGAAUAUCACAGUUUAGUUCAAAAUACUUUGUCAGUUAAAGAGUUUAUUGCCGAAUUUGAUCGGUUGCGUAUGAGGUGUGGUGCCGAUGAAGAUGAAGAACAAGUGAUUUCUCGGUUUUUAGGAGGGUUACGUUCCGAUGUAGCUGAUAUAGUCCAUUUACAACAGUUUUGGACUUUGGAAGAUGUGGCUCGGCUAGCACUCAAAGUCGAAAAGCAGUUGAAACGCAAACAAUCCUCCGUUACAAAUCGGUUUGCCCCGCAAACCAAAUCAGUUCCAUCGAUUUCGUUGAAGCCUGGGUCGUCAAAAACGGCCAUGCCCGAACCUUCCGCUGUCAUCGAGGGCUCAACAAAAGGUCCACGCACUCCUCGUUGUUACAAGUGCCAUGGCUUGGGUCAUUUUUUUCGAGAAUGCCCAAACAAGCACCUUGUUACACUGGUCUAUGAUACGGGUGAUGAUGAAACUGAUGACCAAGACGUGCUCGAUACAUCUGAUCAGGGGGAUGUAGAGGUCGUACGUCCAGAUCAUGGGGAAUCCCUAAUCGUCCAACGUGUUUUGUCUGUCACGGUUGAUAAAACAGUUGACGAUACAAGGUGGUUACGCAAUAAUAUUUUCCGUACUAAAUGCACAUCGAAGGGCAAGGUUUGUACUGUUAUUAUUGAUGGUGGAAGUUGCGAGAACAUGGUGGCAACCACAAUGGUUGAAAAGUUGGGUUUACCGGUAGAAACUCAUCCGGAACCGUACCAAUUAACGUGGUUGAAAAAAGGAAAUCUUGUUCGUGUGACUCAACGGUGUUUGGUCCAAUUUUCGAUUGGGACAAAAUAUAAAGAUGAAGUGUGGUGUGAAGUUAUCCCCAUGGAUGCGUGCCACCUUUUGCUAGGGCGUCCAUGGCAAUAUGAUCGCCGUACUAGACACGACGGGUUUCUUAACACCUAUAGUUUCAAAAAGGAUGGUCUAAAUAUUGUUCUUACUCCAUUAGAUGUCCGUGGAGGGGCUACCGAGGCUUUGAUUGUAGCCAAGUCAGAAUUUUUAGAGUACUCGCGAACUUCUUCGUCCCCAUUUUUGUUGGCUUUGGUCGUCACAGAGCCCAAUCCCACUCACGAAGACACGCCGCCAUUAGUUCAACCAUUACUUGAUGAGUUCUGUGACGUGUUUCCCGACGACAUUCCGCCAGGCCUUCCGCUUAUGCGUGAGAUUCAACAUUGUAUCGAUUUUUUGCCCGGGGCGAGCAUUCCGAACAAACCGGCGUAUCGGAUGAAUCCAAAAGAUUAUGAAGAGCUUCAUCGCCAAGUCCGAGACCUUCUUGAGAAGGGUCUGAUCCGUGAGAGUUUGAGCCCAUGCGUCGUUCCCGCUUUAUUAGUUCCAAAACACGGGGGUGCUUAUCGUAUGUGUAUUGAUAGUCGGGCGGUAAACAAAAUUACAGUGAAGUACCGGUUUCCUAUUCCACGAUUUGAUGACCUUCUUGAUCAACUACACGGCACUAAAAUAUUUUCUAAAGUUGAUCUAUGA